AUGUCGGACCCUCUGGCGGUGUGGUUCGCGGUCCAAUCGGAGCUUCUGGGCCACGGCGAGGAGGUUAACUCCGAAUCUCGGAGCUGUUUUGACUAUUACGACGACGACAUUUUGUUUGAAUUGUUCCACCUCACGCGCCCCUGCAUCGAGUUCGUCGCUGACAUGAUGCGCGUCCGCAUGAAGAAAUUCCUGCUCACCCCUCGCUCCUUGGACGCUAUGAUCAUGGUGACCCUCAACUUUUACGCGCGGGGCUCCUACUCCCCCUCGAUUUUGAAACGCUUCAACCUGAAGACUGACUGCGAGGAUAUCGUGGUCACCGUGUCCGAAGUGGCGGCCGGCUUGUCGGACCAGUUCAUUUCUUUCCCGCAAUCGCAGAAGGCAAAAAUCGACAUCGCUCAAAUGGUGGAGGACUUCUGCGGGAUCCCGGACGUGCUGGGCUUGCUUACUCCGGCUCACUUUCGGAUCACCGACGGGACUCGAGAGUUGUGCAUCAACUCGCUGGGCUACGCGUCCGUGGUCAGCCAGAUGAUUUGCGAUCUGGACGGAAAUAUACUGAGCGUGGAGCAAUGUUGCGCGGGCAGCACGCGAGAAAGAGACCUGUGGGGCACGUCGGUCAGGGGACGAGAAAUCGAAGAAGAACUCUAUGGACGAUAUUGGGUUGUAGGUGGUCAAGGCUACAACUUAAGCAAACGCGUGCUGACCCCCGUGUGUGCACCCAAAACUUCAGCAGAUAGAAACUUCAAUACGGCGCACGCCAAGCUCUACAAGAAGACGCAACACAUGCUGCGCUCGCUGAAAUGGCGAUUUCGGUGCUUGACUCAACUGUGCUUUGCCCAGCACAAGUUGAUGAACAUCAUCAAGACGUGCUGCGUCUUGCACAACAUUGCCAAGAAAUUCUCUGUCCCCAUGCCGCACGGGGAGGAGACAUUCCAAGACCUGCAGCCCAACAACUUGUGUGCCGAGUGGCGAGAUAUUUGCCCGGACGCGGCGAGAGAACGGCACCAACUUAUCUUACAUUACUUCAGUGCCACGAAGUGUCAAGAGGAACAAGAAUGA